GGUUUGGCUCCGUCAGAAAUUUGAGUCGCAUUUACGUCAUUUUCGAGCGACACGCUUUGGCAGCGCAGGCUCGUGUAGUCUGAGGUAGCUUGCUUUACGAUGACUUCAAAAUAAACACACAAUCAUCAACACGCGUGAUGGAAAAUGAAGAGGACCUGGAGUCACUGGGGGAGAAACUAUACGACCUCAUUUAUCCUAAACACGCUGAUAUGGCUCCAAAACUAACAGGUAUGUUGCUGGAGCUGCCGGAGUCUGUGAUUAGUCAGAUGCUGCAGGAUGAAGCUCUCCUUACCAAAGCACUGGAGAGGGCACUGGCAGCCCUGCAUCCUGAUUCCAGUAAAUCACAGUCACAGGCUGAUGUCGACUCUGUAUCCUCUGACUCCCUGGGUGAACAGCUGUAUGAGCUCAUCAACCUUUACAACACAGGAUACACCCAGAAAAUCACAGGGAUGUUAUUAGAGCAGGAAAAAAAGUUGGUGUUUCAGUUGUUGUCUGAUCCGGUCCUGCUGGAGGAGAAAGUCAACAUGGCUCUGAAAACCUUACAGGGAUCUAGUUGUAGGCAGAAUCAAGGGGAGAAUGAUGCGAAUGACGGCUCUGACCUGGACGAAUUGGAAGUGGUUGGAGAGAAACUUUUUGCACUUGUACAAGACAUAGAACCGGCCCACUGUGCUGAUAUCACUGAUGUCCAACAAGUUUCUGAUUCAGAAGAGGAAGUGGAAGAUGUCUCAGAAGAAGAAGAUGGAGAGGAAUACAACCCAGAGCAUCAUGAAUCAUCUUCAGAAGAAGAAGACAUCCCUGAAGCGGAAAGGGAGAUUUUCCUUUCAAAAAACAGCAAUAUAGCAUGGUCCUCGGCAGCGUAUGCCCCAGAUGGCAAGGUGGCAGAGCAAAAUAUCAUAAGGAUGACCCCAGGACCCACAAGAUAUGCUGUUUCAAAUACCCAUGACCUUGUCUCAACGUUCCACUUGUUUAUCACACCAGCAAUUGAAAAAAUUAUCCUGGAGAUGACAAAUCUGGAGGGUUUUCGCAAAUAUGGAGACAGCUGGAAACGGAUGGAUGAGACUGACUUGCAUGCCUACUUAGGGCUGCUAAUCUUAGCAGGAGUAUACAGGUCCCGCGGUGAGGCUGCAGCAAGUCUAUGGGAUGCAGAGAAUGGAAGGCCAAUUUUCCGUGCCACAAUGCCACUCAAGCUCUUCUACACCUACUCAAGAAUGCUACGAUUUGAUAACCGUGAGUCAAGACCUGCAAGACGUGUGGCUGACAAACUUGCUGCAAUAAGAGAGGUCUGGGACAAGUGGGUGGAGCGGCUUCCCUACCUCUACAACCCAGGGCCUGAUGUAACAGUGGAUGAGCAACUGGUUCCAUUCAGAGGUCGUUGUCCCUUCCGGCAGUACAUGCCCAGCAAGCCAGCAAGAUAUGGGAUCAAGUUAUGGGUGGCUUGUGAUGCCAAAUCGAGCUACGCUUGGAAGAUGCAAGUCUACACUGGGAAGCCGACCAGUGGAGGCCCAGAGAAGAACCAGGGGAUGCGAGUUGUCCUUGAUAUGACAGAGGGACUGAGGGGUCACAAUGUCACAUGUGACAAUUUCUUUACCUCCUAUGAACUCGGACAGCAGCUCCUGAAACGGAAGAUCACCAUGGUUGGCACAGUUCGGAAGAAUAAGCCUGAGCUCCCGCCUGCACUGCUUGCAUCAAAGGAGAGAGAGGUCUUCUCAUCAAAGUUUGCCUUCACACCCACCACCACUCUAGUGUCCUACCUCCCAAAGAAAAACAAGAAUGUCGUACUUCUGAGCACACUGCACAGAGAUGCUUCCAUUAGUGACCGUGCGGACAGGAAGCCAGCCAUUAUCCUCGACUACAACAGCAACAAAGGAGGUGUGGACAACUUGGAUAAGGUGGUUGGAACAUACAGCUGCAGAAGGAUGACGGCCUACUGGCCCCUGGUCAUUUUCCAUAACAUCAUUGAUGUUUCCUCCUACAAUGCCUUUGUGAUAUGGAGAGAGAUCAACCCUAACUGGAUGCCUCAUAAGCAGAACAAGAGGAGGGUCUUUCUGGAGCAGUUAGGAAAGGCACUUGUAACUCCACUAAUUGAAAGAAGGAAGCAUGUCCCCCGUACAGACGCCUCCGCAGCAGUUGUGAAAGGUAUUCAAACCUCCAGAUUUCCUCAUCCACCUGACGAUCCAGCUACCACAGCCACUGCCCCAGCUGGAGCAAAUAAGAGGAAGAGAUGUCAGUUCUGCCCUCCAAAGAAGGACUGCAAAACACAUACUGUGUGCUGCAGGUGUCAGAAAUAUAUCUGCAAAAGCUAUGCAUUUGCAUAUUGCCCUACAUGUGCUAAAUAGUUGACUAAGUUGUGUUGUAUGGUAAUUUUUCUCAGAUCUUUCACGAGCAUAAAAUAAAAUGAAUAACUGACCCAUUGGGGUGAAUAAAAUGCAUUCAAAAGGA